CUGAGGAAUGAAGAGCUGAACCAUCUAUCUCCAGAAAUGUCUUUGAAAAAUAAAGAGCAAGAUGACCAAUACAGUCCUCCAUCUAGGAUCCAUCUGGAGCAUGAAGAGGAAUCACGUAACGACUUCCAGCAAUUUGAGACCAAUGAUCAAUGCAGACCUUAUCCUAGGAUCCAUUUGGAGCCUCAGGAGAAACCGGAUACUAACUUCAAGCAAUUUGUCAUCAAAAAACUAGAGAAGAGUUGCCAGUGCAGUUCAACCAAAGCCAGAAAUAUCAUUUUCGGCUUCCUUCCUGUUUUGCAGUGGCUCCCAAAAUAUAAUCUGAAGAAAAACAUUUUAGGAGAUGUGAUGUCUGGCUUGAUUGUGGGCAUCUUAUUGGUGCCCCAAUCCAUUGCCUAUUCUCUCCUGGCUGGCCAAGAGCCUAUCUAUGGCCUGUACACGUCUUUUUUUGCCAGCUUCAUUUAUUGCCUAUUGGGUACCUCCCGUCACAUCUCUGUGGGCAUUUUUGGAGUCCUGUGCCUUAUGAUUGGUGAAGUGGUUGACCGGGAGCUCUACAGAGCUGGCUACGACACUGCCCGUGUCGCUCCUUCUUUCGGAGGGGCUUCGAAUGAGAGCACAUUAGUAAGCCAGACAUCAGCCAAGAUAUGUGACAGAAGUUGCUACGCAAUUAUAGUUGGCAGCACUGUAACCUUUAUGGCUGGAGUUUAUCAGGUAGCGAUGGGCUUCUUUCAAGUGGGCUUUGUUUCAGUCUACCUCUCAGAUGCCUUGCUGAGUGGAUUUGUCACUGGUGCCUCCUUCACAGUUCUUACAUCUCAGGCCAAGUAUCUCCUUGGACUCAGCCUUCCUCGGAGUAGUGGCGUGGGAUCACUCAUCACUACUUGGAUACAUAUCUUCAGAAACAUCCAUAAGACCAAUAUCUGUGAUCUCAUCACCAGCCUUUUGUGCCUUUUGGUUCUUUUGCCAACCAAAGAACUCAAUGAGCGCCUCAAGUCCAAACUUAAGGCACCUAUUCCUACUGAACUCUUUGUUGUUGUGGCAGCCACAUUAGCCUCUCAUUUUGGAAGACUGAAUGAGAAAUACAAUACCAGUAUUGCUGGACAUAUUCCCACUGGGUUUUUGCCACCCAAAGCACCGGACUGGAACUUAAUUCCUAACGUGGCUGUAGAUGCAAUAGCUAUUUCUGUCAUUGGGUUCGCCAUUACUGUAUCACUUUCUGAGAUGUUUGCCAAGAAACAUGGCUACACCGUUAAAGCUAAUCAGGAAAUGUAUGCCAUCGGCUUUUGCAAUAUCAUUCCUUCCUUCUUCCACUGCUUUGCUACUAGUGCAGCUCUUGCAAAGACAUUGGUUAAAGAAUCCACAGGCUGUCAAAGUCAGCUUUCUGGUGUGGUGACAGCUCUGGUUCUUUUGUUGGUCCUCUUGGUAAUAGCUCCUUUAUUCUAUUCCCUUCAGAAAAGUGUCCUUGGUGUGAUCACUAUUGUGAAUCUCCGGGGAGCCCUACGCAAAUUUAAGGAUCUGCCCGAGAUGUGGAGGAUUAGCAGAAUGGAUACAGUUAUCUGGUUUGUUACUAUGCUGUCCUCUGCACUGAUAAGUACUGAAAUAGGCCUGCUCGUUGGGGUUUGUUUUUCUAUGUUUUGUGUCAUCCUCCGCACUCAGAAGCCAAAGACUUCAUUGCUUGGUGUGGUGGAAAAGUCUGAAAUCUUUGAAUCCAUGUCUGCCUACAAGAACCUUCAGGCUAAGUCAGGCAUCAAGAUUUUCCGCUUUGUAGCCCCUCUCUACUACGUAAACAAAGAAUAUUUUAAAUCUUCCUUAUACAAAAAAACUCUCAAUCCAGUCUUAGUAAAGGCAGCUCAGAAGAAGGCUGUAAAGAAAAAGAUCAAAAAGGAAACAGCAACUCUCAGUGGAAUCCGGGAUGAAGUUUCAGUGCAACUUUCCCAUGAUCCCUUAGAGUUCCAUACCAUAGUGGUUGACUGUAGUGCAAUACAAUUUUUAGAUACAGCAGGGAUCCAUACACUGAAAGAAGUUCGCAGAGAUUAUGAAGCCAUUGGCAUCCAGGUUCUGCUGGCUCAGUGCAAUCCCUCUGUGAGGGAUUCCCUGGCCCGGGGAGAGUAUUGCAGAAAGGAAGAAGAAAACCUUCUGUUUUAUAGUGUAUAUGAAGCAAUGACUUUUGCAGAAGACUCUCAGAAUCGGAAAGAUAUAUAUGUUCCCAAUGGUCUGAGUUUUUCCAGUGACUGA